CACAGUUGCAUAGAAGCCUCUAUAUAAACAAUCUCCAUAGCCAAAUCUUCUCUUCACCACACAAACCCUAAGCCUCUCAUCUUCAUAAUUUCUUUAAAUGGGUGCCUCUUCUCUCUACCCUUCCUCUCUGAGCUGUGAAAUAAGCUUAUUACAAGCCAAAAACCUAGAACUCAAGUCUCAUGGCAACCUUUUUGUUAGAUUCUAUCUCUCUGCUGGAAAUAACAGGAAGUUGAUCCAGCUAAACAGCCAAGAAAUCUCCUCCAAAUCAAGCCUGUUUUGGAACCAGUCGUUCUCGUUAGAGUGUUCAUCUUCAGGAACUGAUCUAGACAGAGAGUUCUCCAUUGACAACUUGAAGGAAGAGAGUGUGGUUUUUGAGCUACGGUGGAGAAACACAAACCCAAUUCUUGGUAAAAUAACAGGAGGAUCACAACUCUUGGGUCGAGCUGAGAUUCCAUGGAAAACAGUUGUGGAAUCACCAGAAAUGGAAAUUGAAAAGUGGGUUAUGAUGAUCGGCUCAUCAAAGAAGAGUUGUGGUUUACUUGUUGAUGGUGUUAAACCUCCAUCACUGCAAAUAGCAAUGAAGGUUAGGGUUUCAGAAAUGGCGGCCAUGGAGAAGAAGAAGAAGAAGAGAAAUGGGAAGUUGAGAGAAGAGUAUGGAUGCUGCAGAGAAAGUGGAUGUAAAUGUGAAGAUUAUGAGAUAUUUGCAAUGGUGGGUGCCUUUGAAACACUAUAGGCCUCUGCCAAAGCAUAUCUCCACUACUUUGCCACUUUGGUGUAUCACUUUUUCUUAUUAUUUUUUAUUUUUUAUUUUUGGCUUUGAUCUUAUUAUUGAUAUUAAUUAUUUCAAUUGGGAUUUGUGAAUCUCAACGUUUUGCAAUAAUAUAAUUUUUAGUGUAAUAAUAUAAUUUAUUAUAUUUUUAG